CACCUUAAAGGUCAGUCCACCUUAAAGGUCAGUCCACCUUAAGUGCAGUUUUGGGGAUAAUUCCCUUCACUUCAAUCAUUAACUGGCUGACAAGCAGGACCCAUGAACUCAGCGUGGGUCUGCCUGUAUAAUCAAGUACAAGACUUCAGUGUGUGAUACAGUCUGCUCGUCCUAUCCGGCAUCGUGAAGUGCUUUUGAAUCAGAUCAUUAUUGGUUUCUUCCAUUUAUUGUAAAAAAAAAAAAAGAAAAGAUUGUUCAGUGUUCAGUGGAGCAUACCUGCAGGUUUGGGGAUUGAAGCCGCUCAUUUGAGAGAUGAAAGAGAAGAACCCCUGGCACACGCCGGUGACCGUCAUCGUCACUGUGAUUGGUGUCAUAGCGAUCGUUGCCUUGGUGACGGUAGCAGUUUUGCAGAACAGGCCCCUCCCCCAAAAGUACAAGUAUGGCAUCGUGCUGGACGCCGGCUCCUCCCACACUGCUCUGUAUAUCUACGAGUGGCCGGCUGAGAAGGAUAACAACACUGGAAGAGUUGAACAGAAGCAUUCCUGCAAAGUCAAAGGUCCAGGUAUCUCCAGCUAUGCGUCUGCUCCACUGAAGGCAGGGGAGUCUCUGAGAGCAUGCAUGCAGGAGGCCGAGGAGCGUGUGCCCGGAAAAAGACACCGCGAGACCCCUCUUUAUCUGGGGGCUACUGCGGGAAUGAGAUUGCUCAACAUGGAGAACAGCGCGGCGUCACACCAGGUCUUUCAGGCCGUGGAGGGAGCCCUGCAGAAGUCCCCCUUCUCCUAUCAGGGAGCUAGAAUACUCAGCGGCCAGGAGGAGGGCGCCUUUGGCUGGGUCACAGUCAACUACCUGGACGACCGCCUCAAACAGGGCCUGGAAACCACAGGCGCCCUGGACCUCGGCGGGGCCUCCACCCAGAUUAGCUUUGUGUCCGAUAAUUAUGACGGUUCAGAGUCGCCUAGCAACUCCGUCACCUUCCGACUCUACGGAAAUGACUAUGACCUGUACACCCACAGCUUCCUGUGUUAUGGGAAAGACCAAGCACAUCGAAUGACGCUGGCACACCAGACUCAAUCAGGUCCAAUAUCAGUAGCAGAUCCUUGUUCCCAUCCUGGAUACACUGCAACAAAGAACUACUCUGUGCUCUAUGACAGCCCCUGCAUGUCAGACAGGAAACCCCUAGGAGCCCCUGAGACCUUCAAUCACACCGGGACAGGAAACUUCCAACAAUGCCAGGAAGUCGUCAAGAACGUCUUUAACUUUACUGACUGCAAAUACAGCCAGUGCUCUUUCAACGGGGUCUUCCAGCCUCUUUUGCAGGGCCCAUUUGGGGCUUUCUCUGCUUACUACUUUGUGAUGGACUUCCUCAAUCUGACGGAUACGUCCCUCGAUCUGACAGCAGUGAAGGACAAGCUAACCCUCUACUGCUCCACCCCUUGGGAACAGGUAAAGAAGCAGCAUCCAAAGGUCAAGCUGAAGUAUCUGGCUGAGUACUGUUUCUCUGGCACGUACAUCCUCACCCUGCUGACCGAAGGAUACAACUUCUCCUCAGACAGCUACUCCGACAUUAAGUUCAUUGAAAAGAUAAAAGGCAGUGAUGCCGGCUGGACGCUGGGCUACAUGUUGAAUCUGACCAAUAUGAUUCCAGCUGAAGCUCCAGACUCUCCUCCUCUGCCCCAUGCUGGAUACGUCUCCAUCGUCACCGUCAUCGCAGUGCUGAUCUUCAUCCUCUUCCUCCUCAGCCUGCGUCCUCUCUGGCCCCGCUGCUCCAAACAGCAGCAGAUUGUAUGAAGCUCAGAUGUUUGUUUGAGUGACGGCCGGUGAGGGAUCAACCCCGACAGCCUGAGAGUGAUCUGGUGUCUUCUACCAAUUUGUGAAUAAGAUAGUCAACUUUACACUCUCCAGCUUUUGUGUGGGGGUGAAAGGUCAACGUCUGCUGCACAUCAACAUUCACGCAGCUCAUGUGGAUGCAAGGACAUUCCAGAAGGACAAAUGUGUUCCCUGCUGACGGCACUCUACAGAGGGAGUGUUGCCUCUCCGGUUGAAGGACAGUUUGUGUGUUUGUGUGUGAGUGUGUAUGUUUGAAUUUGAAUGGGCGUGAAUGAGUGUGUGCGUAUAUGUCAGUCUGCAUGUAUGUGUCUUGAAUUAUGAUGUGAAUAUGAUACUGUACUGUAUAAAUAAAUAAGAUAACCCAUGUUUAUAUAAAAGGUUUGAAUCGACGGUCAUUUGUAAAAAAUAUAAUCAAUUAUUAAAUGUUUAAUGUUGCAUGAUUUAUAUACAUUUUAUGCAGAAAUCUAUUUGGAUUUUAUAACAAAGUGUUGCUCUUGAUGAAAAGCAGCAAAUUGACAAUGAAAACAUGAUGAUCAUGAUCUUUGGAAGACAAAUUAUAUCCUUUUUUCUUUUUUUAACCCAUUUUUUAGACUGUUGAUUAGCUUUUGAGUAAAAUGAAUCCUAAAAAACAACGAGCUCCUUCACCCUCAGUUGUAACAACGACACCUUUUUGCAACUUCAUUAUUAAUACAGCUUUCCCCCGAGCAGCAUG